CAAUGAUUUGGGAUUUACCUGUGCACAUUCAUCCGACAACCACACCACCUAAUACUGCACAACAAACGAAUUGUUUCAUGUCAACAUGAUCUACUUCGACCUUGUUUCAUCGUACUGAUUACUUUUUACUUUAAACGUAAAAAUGCUCGGACCAUCAGCUGUUGCAAGAGCGAGAAGGAAAAGCUCACGCUUGCCUUCUUUCCCGAUUUCUCGAAGUUGCACGAAGUUACACGAAGUGUGGAUCGUGCAGUAGGAUGUGCUGCUUCCCCCUACUCCGUCAAGCGCUAAAGUAAAUUCAACGUUACUAGUGUCGCCAUCGAUGUACUCAAAUAUGCCAAAUCUGGUCACACUAUGCAGCGUGGUUUCAUUAAGUGCAACGAAAGUUCAUUUAAGGGAAUAUUUAUAAUAUAAACAAACGGUAUAUAAUUGUUAUAGAAGAUAAAUGUAUAAAAAAAGAAAAUAAUAUUUGGUAAAAUAGUAUUAGAUUACUGUGUAAACGGAUAGUAUGAAAUAACAUUGAAUAUAAACAAUAAUAUCAAUUAAGAUUACGUGUUGUAUAUAAGACGUAUUAGAAGAUAACGGUGUAAAUAAAUUUUACAAAAUGGCUAAAUCACAUACUACAAAUAAACCCCCGAAAAAGGAGGGGUUUAACCGUUCUAGUCAUAGUAUGAAUCCUGAACGACCUACAGAAGGAUUGAAAGGCGUAGCUAAAGUUCGAUCUAAAGCAACGAUCAAAAGGUUACAAAUGUACCGCGAUCAAAAACCAAAGCGUAAUCGAGUGGGUAAAAUACUUAGUCCAGCGCCGUUUCAAGGCUGGCAAAAGUCUGGUACUAUGUCUCGCGUAGAACCGUCGCAAAGAUGGUUCGGUAAUUCGAGGGUAAUUUCUCAAGAUGCUUUACAAAAAUUUCAAGACGAAUUGGGGAAAGCUGCAAAAGAUCCUUAUAAUAUUAUUAUGAAACCGACCCAGUUACCGAUAACUAUGCUUCAACAAAAAGCUGCACACGCGAGGGUACAUUUGUUGGAUACAGAAAGUUUCGACAGUGUUUUCGGUCCUAAGAAACUACGGAAAAGGCCAAAUAUAACAACAUCGACGUACGACGAGUUACAGAAAUUAGUAGAAGAAAAAGAGGAAACGUAUAACAAGGAGAAGGAUUCUAAAGAUGUGGAUCUUAUAUGUCCCGGUACAGGUGUAAAGGAUACAAGAAGAGACUGGAUUAUGUCGGCAGGACAGAGCAAAAGAAUUUGGAACGAAUUAUAUAAAGUUAUAGAUUCUUCCGACGUUGUUUUACAAGUACUGGAUGCCAGAGAUCCAUUAGGAACCAGAUCUCCUCCGAUAGAAAAAUACCUUAAAACAGAAAAAACUCAUAAGCAUUUGAUCUUUAUAUUAAAUAAAGUAGAUCUUGUACCGACGUGGGUUACGCAAAGGUGGGUUGCGAUUUUAAGUGCAGAGUAUCCGACAGUAGCAUUCCACGCUUCGAUGACACAUCCGUUUGGUAAAGGUUCUUUGAUAAAUUUGUUGCGUCAGUUUGCAAAAUUACACAUCGAUAAGAAACAAAUAAGCGUAGGCUUUAUAGGGUAUCCCAAUACAGGAAAAAGUUCAAUCAUAAAUACGUUGAAAUCAAAAAAAGUGUGUAAUGUUGCGCCGAUAGCAGGCGAAACGAAAGUGUGGCAAUAUAUUACUUUAAUGCGUCGAAUUUAUUUAAUUGAUUGCCCGGGCGUAGUUUAUCCGUCGGCCGAAACGGACACAGAAAAAGUUUUAAAAGGCGUAGUAAGAGUUGAACUUGUUCAAAACCCCGAAGAUUAUAUCUCGGAUGUAUUGUCGCGAGUGAAACCAGAAUAUAUGCGGAAAACUUAUAAAAUUAUGGAAUGGAGCGAUCACAUUGAUUUUUUGGAGAAAUUGGCCCGCAGGACUGGAAAAUUGUUAAAGAAAGGAGAGCCGGACAUUGGUGCUGUUUCGCGAAUGGUUUUAAACGAUUGGCAGCGUGGUAAAUUACCGUUUUACGUAUCCCCUCCUGGUUUCGAAGAACCAUUAUCAAUGAUUGUUAACGAACCUCCUGCUGAAAACGAUGAGAAUGAAACGGAACAUGAUAACGAUAUAGAAAACAUGGAAAAUAUACAAAGCAAAGAAUCGACAAAAUAUCAGUUAGCGGUGAUACAAGACUUUCGAAAAAUAAGAGUUGGUUUACCAUAUUCAGGCGAUGACGUUAAAAGUAAUUUAAGUAUCAAAUCUAAUACAUCUGUAGAUGGCAAGGAAAAUAAAGAUGGAAUAGAAAGUAGUUCAGGUACGUCAGAGUUGGAUAAUUCUGAUGUCGAAGAUACUGAAGGUAAAGUAGUGGUUACAGAAAGCGAAGGAAACAAUGAAAAUAUUGAAAGCUCGGGGGAUAAAAGUAACGAGGAUGAAGAAUAUUCUGAUGAUAAAAUUUGUCUUUCGUUGGAAAAAGAUACUUUAUUACAAAGCGUAUAUGACAUAGCAGAAGAGGAAUACGAUUCCAGCGAUAGCGAAAUUAUUAACACUAAUACUGUAUCAAGCAGUGGUGCGUUCAAAAUUUCUUCCGUAUCUUCUAAAACAGAGCAUUCAAUGAAAACAAGAAAAAAUUUAACAAGCAAACAACGGCGAGCCAUAGAAAGAGCCAAUAAACGAAAGAAAAUUGGUAGCAACUUUUACGAAGUUUCUAAUGUUAAAAACAGAAACAGGCAUAGAAAAGUUCCAAAAAUUAAAAAGAAAUAGCUUCUGAUCGAAUAAAAAACUUUAAAUUUAAAUCUGUACUAGCAUAUUUAAUGUUACCGAAGAAUAUAAGCUUUGUUCGUAUAAAGUGUUAUAUACAA